AUGCCUCCCAGAGCAAUACUCCUCGUAUCAUCCCGAAAUAGCCCGAGCCAGCGUGCCCAUUUCUCAAUCUUCGUUCCGUCAGUCGCUUGUUCCACUAUAGGUACUUCGAUACACGUUGUGGGUGCGCCUAUGAUGGGCUAUCAACUCGAGUUCAAACGGAAUCACUCCCUAUCUUCAAACGCAGAGCCAUAUGAGACGGCAUUGCUUGGAUAUGUCGACUCUCACCAUAUUGCGGACUCUCCAGGAGAGAGGAGUAUGUUCGUAGACCAUGCCCCGAGGGAUGAUCUUGAAACCGCAGCCAGUCAGAUACCGGCCCCCCGUGUCAGUGAGAAUUUCAUGGCACCUGUUAAUGACACCACCAACAGGAGAUGUCAAGAGUGGACUUUGGAGUUUGUUCGUCAUCUGGUUGUUCGGGGUCUACUUGAGGAGAAAGCGGUUCAGAUUGUCCAAUCGAAACGUGAUUCGCCAGCCCAUGGAAUCGGUUUGCAGCCUUCUGAACGACGCUUAGUCUGA